AUGGAGAGAGAAAGUGCCAAGUGCGACGGCUCCCCUGGGGGGAUGUGGCCCAAGCAGGGUGAAAUGAAUGACAACCCAGACCUGAGCAAAACAGAAAUGUCUGAAAAAGAACCCCUAAUAAUGAUCGAACAGGAAAAUCAAAAUAAAGCACUCUGCAACUACUACAGAAAAAUAGAAAAAUACGAAAAAAAAAAAAAAAACGGAUGUGGAAAAAAUAAAGAAGAAGGGAUAAAUGUUAAUUUUGAAGAAGCAGCCAUUUUGAAAAGGGGUAACCAUGUAGAAGCAAAAGUGAUAAAUGGAAACCACAUCCAUAUUGAUAGAGUGAGAGGAGAUCAUACUGUUUAUAACUCCAUAGGUGAUAUGUACAGAGCUGUCUACGAAGAACAGAUUCAUAAUGAUGGUGACCCAGUUGUGUUCUCACGACAUGUGUCUGUUCCAAAUGGCUUCAUGAAUGAUUCUAACCAUGUGACUGAUACAAAUGAAAAUACAAGUGGACUCAGUUUGAAUUCGAACUUAAGUUUCUCUCGACAUCUUUUGAAGAAGAGGAAUGCAAGUCUGAACCCUAGUAGAGAGUACACAUGUUGUGGAAAAAAAACGAAACAAAAUUCUCCUCACCUUGAUUUGAUGCAGUGUAGGGAACCUGUUGUGGAAGGGGUUCUCACAAAUUCUGCAGAUAGAAUGAAUGGUGGUGGGAAGCAUACUGUUUUGCGCGCAGUGGAUCGACAAAGCGUGGAGGCAAAUGGGGCGCAUGGGGCGAAUGGUCUAAAUGGUGUUCAUCCUGCAGACCAUGCUGAUGGCGACGAUAACAGCACGGACGUUUAUUUUUGUUUCCAAAAUCUUCUGAAGGAAUGCAAAGUGCGCCGCGCGCAUUGUUCGCAAAUGAAGGGAGAACAGCAGCGGGACGGGGACAGUACCAAGGGGGUGGCAAACAACGCUCACUGUGUCGUUACGGUGUGUCCACUUCGUGCAGGCAAUCCCUCCCAAGGGGACAAUUUCGACCUACAAAUGAGAGGAGAUAUGCCGAACCACGCACCUGACAGGGAUCCCCCUUCUCUUACAGCACCACUGCACCGAGAAGUACGACAGAAGGAACGUGUCCCACGUGGCGGAAAGAGACUACUUAACGCAAGUGCUAAUGAAGAAGGGUUUCAUAUGAGGAAGGAAAAACCCUGUGAUAAAAAUUUGAAUUUGUUGGAUGGCUCUAAUAAAGCAUGUACCUGCCUGAGGACAAGUCCACAUGUGGCGCAUGUGGACAGUGCACACAUUCGUACAGACGUAACGGAGAAGGACGACGUGCUUAUUCACCCUAGUGGAAGCAAGAGAAGAAAAUUAGAAAUGAAUGAAACAUCGCAUGGUAAAUCAUGUCAUGAGCAUCUCGGCGUUUCGGAAGUGCGCAAAGAGGGGUAUGAGAUAAGGAAGUUACCAUUGAGUGAGGCAGCUAACUUAAGGAAUGAGGUAGAAGUGGGGAGACACCUGCCUGAUCACCCACUUCCGGGUUCUCCCCACAUAGGUAAUCAUAACAGUAGUGAUGAAAACUAUUUUGAAAAUGCAGUAGAAAGAGGGACUAUCAGAGGGGAAGGGCAGUGUGGGAAAAACGAAUGUGCUGCGCGUUGGUCGAUGCAGGCCAUGUCCAGCGGAGAAGUGCAGUCACCCCAUAAAGGGAGCGAUCGGACGGAAGACAAUGGAGAGAGUACCGAUGCGUAUUGCGAGCGGCGCGAUGACCAGAAUGAAGGUAGCAUGCGGAAUGAUGAUAUGGAGGGGGUCGUACAGAAUGGUCGCCAUAGUGUGUCACGCACCCCCGCGGCCGUCCCACAACACAGCAAAGAAGUGGCCAUCGCGGAGGAGCGCGUCUUGGUGAAGAAGGAAAUGAAGAAGCCAUUAAAGGAGGAGAAGAAGUUUUACCAAAAUCAUGGACUGUUCAGAAAUUUUGUCUUUUCGUUUAACAACCCCCCCAAGGGGGCAGAGAAGGAAGAGAAAAGCGACAAGGCCGCUACGCUCGAUAAGGCCGCAACCCCCGAUAAGGCCGCUACCCCCGAUAAGGCCGCUACACCCAAAAAGACCCCUAGAAAAUACAAGACGCUGAAAAAGGACAAACAAGUGCUGCUGGACAGCGAAGCCCGAUACAAAAAGUUCGAGGAGAAAUAUUUCUCGGAGGAGCAGAUAUCAAGUGAUUUUCAGUGGACAGAAGUGGACGGAAGUAUUUCUUCGCAUGCACAAGACUUUUUAUUUUACGAUGAGGAAGAUGUGCAGAUGGUCUCUCUAGAUGAUCUGGACCACAGCACGAUGAGCAUCAGCUCAAGCAGCAGCAGCGAUGAUGACACAAGUGCCGACACGGGUGAGGAGGAGAAACCAUGCCACCUCCCUUGGAAGGGAAACGGGCAAGUGCGUCAAGAUGGGGGCAAAGACGCCGCAAGCGAUGGCGAUGGGCAUAGUUGCAGCUUCCACACCAAGCGCCAGGUGAAGUCCACCCCAGAACCCGAGCAUAAGACAUGCAAAAAGGAGACCAAAAAAAAUUGCAGUACCCCUACGGCGGAUGAGCCAAAUGGGAGCCACCCAAGUAGUUCAGACAAGGUGAUAAAAAAAGGUCACGUGGGGCAAGUGGCCAAUGUAGAGAACUAUCACCAUCGCGCUGGAUCCAGAAAGAAAAGCAAAUCGGUCAUCAUGUAUGCCAAGAUAAUGAAUAUAAGUUAUGAGUAUGGUGCAGAUGUUUUGAAGCAGUUCAGCCACCCCGCAGUUAAUUUGUUUAAUACGAACAGAACGCAUAUUGUAAGGAAGAAGGAGAAGAAGAGGGGGAAUCUAUGCGCAUACAUGGAUGCCGAGGAGGCGGUUGGGGAGGUCAAUGAAGUGGGGCGUGAAGUGGGCAAUGCAGUGACGGAGGAAGUGGUAGGAAAAAUGGCGCAAGGAAUGGCAGAGGAAUUGGGGCAGCCUGGGAAGAAAACAAAACGCAAGUAUAGAAGAAAGCAGGAAGAUGCAGAAACAAGAAAAAAAAAAUUUAUUAACCACAAGAUAAAAAGACACUUGCUUUGUAUCAAUGCGAGAAUCGUAAUAAAGGAAUGGUACAUUGAUUAUGGAACGUCCGCCAGCAUCACCCCCUACAUCUACGUAGUCUCAGAGAAUGACAAUCGUUACAAGCUAGACAGAGUACACGAUAAAUAUUAUUCUAUGUUCACCAAAGUGAGAUUGAAGUUUGAAGUUACCACCAGAAUUGUGAAGUCUUUGCAGCUGUAUCCUAACCUUACCUACAAGGAACUAGUGGGCCACUUAACCCUGUAUGAAUGUAUUAGUAAAAAGAUGAGGAAGGCGAAGCAGGGAGGGAAGUACAGAAGGAUGAAGAAGGAGCAGAAGGAAGUGGUGGGGAAGCAGAACAAGCGGGAGAAGCAAGAGAAGAAGGAGACGAAGAAAAGGCUAACUGAACGAACAUACUCAAUGGAGAGUAGCGAAGAAGAAGGCGAUUCUGCAUCGUGGAGAAUACACCCAAAUGGUUGUUACCCCUCAUCGGAUCAGGUACCUUGCAAAAUGAAUGAACCCUGCGACAUGAGAAGAAAUGGAAGAAAGGGGAAAAGGAAACAGGAAGAAGAGACCUCCAUGGUAAGUGUAAGCUUGUCUGAAUAUAGCGGCACAGGUGUUCACACCAUGCCAGAUGGAACCAUCAGCAAGAAAUGCACAUGGGGUGCACCAUACGCUGUAUACAAGUGUAACAGAAAGGUCAUUAUCAGAUUGUACAAGUUUAUUAAAAAGGAAAUGAAAUUAUUAACACAGGGUUUCAAUAUACAGUGUUUGCUUUGCACUCCUUUCAUGAAGAUCCUAGCACACAAGUUUAAAUUAGAGCAUUGGAAGAAGCAACAAAUGAAAUUGUUAACAAGGAUGUGCUCCCUUUCGAUCAACGACCAGCUAUGCUCAGACGCUCUCCUACACUGCAAAGCAAAUGGAAUGUAUGAUACCUCUUCGAAGAAGAUGGCUCGCUUUUACCUUUUUAGAAGUUUCGUGGAGAGCCAAAAGGGGCACGUAGACAAGUAUGAGCCCUCGUGUGGGUGCAGGGGUAAGGCAAAGACGGAAGAGAAGGGGGAGUGGGGUAGGCAACAUGUUUUUAUGGAAGAUUUCGACGUUGCCUCGUCCAGUUUUUGUCCCCAAGGAGGGAGAGACACCAAACAAAAUGCCCUCACGAGGGAAGACAUAAACACGUUGCGAGGUCACAGCGAGGGGGGAAACCACACAAGGGAGAAUGGGGCGAAGUGGGUGGAACUCCCCGCCAUACGUUGCAUUUGCCACACCGCGCAUGAAAAUUAUUUUCCUCUCCAUUUGAUUGACCCCCUGAAACACGAAUCGGUGCUGAACAUAUGGGUGUUCCUUUGCACAUAUAAACAAGUGACACAUGCCAACAUAACGGUUAGCCAACUGAACCAUGCACUCCUACAAAGUACAAGUACCUUUAGUAAAGAAAAGGUUGGAGAAAUGAUUCUGCAAAGGAUACUACCUAAUGAGCAUCUGUACAAAAGUAAAGAUUUUGUAUCACGUCUUCGAAAUAUCUGUGGGGACAAAAAACACGUCACGUUUAAGGGGGUAACAAAUUGUGAGAGAAGACAAAAUAAUUGUAUAAAUGAAAUAAUGAGGGUAAUAGUGCUCGUCUUGUACAGGUCGCUGAAAAUUGAUCGGCAUGGAAGAUGCUACUCCAUCGUGGAGAAAGGAAAUGAUAUAUUUGGUAACGGGGGUCCAGGGACCAACUGGUCCUCCUACUAUAUUGUGGACCAUUUGGAAGAUCCUAUGCUGAGCGAAAUUUUAAAUUUCCCAAUUAAGAGACGCUUCACUGGGGGUGCAAGGGGAAGAAGUGAAGAAGAAGGUAACAUUUCGGGGGCGGAAAAAAUUUCUUCAGGGAAUGGCUCAAGUGCUAAUGAUGAGUUCGUGAAGGGAAAAGAUUCCUCACGAACGAACUACCAACAUGAACAGCAAAAAUGCGGAACAUGCUGUGGAAAGGGGAUAGGAGUUGACGGGGGAUAUGCACCAGUAGGAGAUGCAGAGGAGAAGGAUUGUAGAAGCCACAGGAGAAACGCAAACGGAGAAAUAAAACCAGUUGGAGAAAAACAGAGCGAUGAGACAACUAUUCAAAGUGACCCCCCUCCCCAUUUCAUCCUACACAAGAGAGACGUUCAGAACAAUGCUUAUGGAAAAAUGUUGUUAGAUGUUUUCACAGAAAGGAAUGAACAGAAAAAACUGUUCGAUCUGUGUGAAGACUUGAGGUUAUUAGACCACGUGACGUGGCCCAUAUAUUUAAAAAAAUGCCUUUUCAUGUUGUGCUAUGUAAUUAACCACUCCUUCUUACAUGACGAUGGUGGUGGUGGUGAUUGCCGUGAUGGUGGUGAUGAUUGCCGUGAUGGUGGUGAUGGCCGUGAUGGUGGUGAUGGCCGUGAUGGUGGUGAUGGCCGUGAUGGUGGUGAUGGCCGUGAUGGUGGUGAUGAUGCCCGUGGUCACGGUAAUGACGAGCAAUGGGAAGACGCCUCCAGUGAAUUAACUAUAAAGGAAAACAAGUCUGCUUACGCCAAAUUUAAUUCACUAUGGAAACCAUAUAUGUACAUUCCAUGUGAUGAAACAAAUGAAGACGAAGAACGACAGAUGGAGAGAACAACCAUCUCUGAAUGGUGUAGGGAAUUACAAAAGAUAAAAAUGCAGAAAUACAAAAUGAGUUGGGUUCCUAAUGAGGCUCAAAAUUAUUUUGCUAGCAAAAAAACUCCUUGUAGAAAAGAUAUGCUAGCCACUUUAGAUUUCCUGUGUGAAGAAAGUGCGACCUUCGAAAUGCUAAGUACAAAUGACAAAAUAGAACUCCUCACUUUUUUUAUAAAUUCAAUACCAUGUAGUAUUCUCAAAGGGGAGGGAGAAAAGGUAAAUGGGGGUGUCCUUCUGGGGACAAAUAUGAAGGGUACACAUAAUAAUGCUUCUUCUAAUGGGGUCCUAUCGAGGGAUAUAUAUACGAAGGGAGCCCUAAAGAAGGGCAGAAGUAAUGUGAGCAACGAGCGAGGGUAUGUAAGAAGCCACCUCUCACGUGAGGGAAAGAGCUAUGUGGAACGGGUCGGUGAACAUUUCGAUGUUCAGGUGCAUCUGCUAGGAAUGGAUAGACACUCCAACAAGUACUACAUUUUUGGGGAUGCCCUCGGGUGUACAGAUUGCAUAUUCGUGGAGACCCUCCCAUAUGAAUCGCAACAUAGGACAAAGAGUCUACUUCAUAAAAGAAGCGCCACUUGUAAACCGAAGCGCCCUUUCUCCGAUGACUUGAACCCACAAAAGGGUAGAACCCAAAUUGGCUACAUUGAAGGGGUGGAUAGCAUAACCCGGUUUGUGGAACUUUUGUCCCCAUCAUGUGUAGAAGAGAGGGAAUUGAAAAAGAGACUCGUUCAUGUGAGGGAAGCAUUAGUAACCACGUGUCAAGUGCACCAGGUGGGGGGUCCAUUCGAAGAAGGCACCAGUGUGGAAUAUGCAAUGAAUGGUAACAUAUGUACAAAGGAAAAAAAAGAAAUAAACUCAACCAGGGAUGCAGCGAGAGGGGAAAAGCACAGUGCACAUGAGGAAGGGAAUACUCCCACCAACGUACACUUUGCGCAUUGUAAAAAAUGCCACGGAGUAAGCGACGGAGCGGAGAUAAAAGCGGAAACAAAACGGAGUGACAAAUGCGCAAUACUGAACAAACAUGUGCAAGGUAACUGCACAGAUGUGUGUCUAGGCGAAGAAGAAAAAAGUGCCCCUCGGAAUAGUGAAGAAAUUUUGCUGGAACAAGUACUCUGUGUGACGGAGAAGCUACUCUACUUUGUAAAAAAAACCCAAAUGAUUUUGAACGAAUGUGUGCAACAAGAAUUGAGCAAGUCGGUUAACAGCUUCAUCCUAAUGUGCAUAAGAAUAUGUGUACAGGAGAAUGUAAUGAAAAAUGUUGAAUAUAUUUUUUUAAAUCUUGUAGAUCUGAUAGAUAAUAUUGAAAACUUUUUUUUCCGCCAUCACUAUUGUUUUGUUUUGAAGAAGAAAUGGAGGGAACACUUGCGAGAGCCUUGGCAAAGGGACAUGUGCUCCCUUGGGUGCCAAUAUCGCGAAGGGCUGAAAGGUAUAAACGUUUUGGAGGUAAUUCCCACUGUGUGUUUUUAUUUUAACUUUUUUAUAACCUACGGGUUGAAACAAAAAGCUAUUCACAUGUAUAGGAAGUACGGCUUGACGGGGAUGGUCUCCGAGAUGGAGGAUCAAUCAGCCGAAGGGACUGCUGCUCAACGCAAGUUACAAUAUCUGAAGAAGGUUCGAUCGCUGCUGAGGGGGACUCUUAUUAGUACCAUCAAGGGGGUGAGAGAAGAUGGCCAAAUGCAUAAUGAGGUGUACCCUGAAGAGUGUUCUCAGGACGAACCCAUAAGCGAUGUGCUUAGCGAAAUAUAUGAACUGUUACCCUACAAGGUAGACGGUAGGUAUGUGUAUUUCAAGGAGGGACAUUUAAAACACAUGCAAAUACUUUUUAACAAUAACUUUUUUUUUACCGAACGGAAUAACCUAGACAAAAUUAACACCAUAGAAAUUGUCGAGCUGAGGGAUAUCAAAAUGUUUUUAAUUCCUAAGAGGGACUUAUGGAGGUUGGGCAAGGGGAAUCAGAGUGGCUCCUGGGGCGACAACACAGGAUACACACAUCAUAUAAACGUGAAGGGGAUGGCGAGUAGCCUACUGGAAGUAGAGCGGACAGACAAGGGGAAGGAAAAUGGUUUACGAGAAAAGGCGCAGAAGACAGGUCCACUCAAUGAAGAAGAAGAAUUAUCAGACGAAGAGCAGAGAUCAUAUACAUAUCACACAGACUACAACAAAGUGCGAGAAGGGUUAUUCAAAAUUAAAGAAGUAGUGCAGAGGAAAAUAUGGGGCCCACCAAAUAAACAUAAUACAUUGUAUUUCAAACCGCUCGAGGAGUACACAAAAGUUCUUGAGGCACAAAUGGGUAGCAGUUUUUUAUGUCCUAAUUUUGCAAUACUACUAAAUGUAAAAGAGAAGCUAAAGGCGGAGGCAGCACCUGUUGAAGAAAAUACGACCCAUGGAACAUCGUUAUUGCAUAACGACAACUCAGAGGAGACCUUCGUCUACGUGUGCCAACUGCAAUGCGUAAUAUACCCACCUGAGCAUCUGGAGGAAGGCACGGAAGAAUAUAUGAAGCAGAUAAAUGAACCAUUCAUUAAAUGCGAGAGGUACAUUGUGGCUCAGUGGAGAUUCCUUACUCUGAACAUAUGCAUUACGGAAAAUAUGCAGACUGUUUUGUAUGUUUUUCCGUUGGGUCCCUCGGCUCCUCCCUCUCCCUGGUGGCAUAUUCCCAUUUGUGCAGAAGACUGGAUGACCAAAGGGACUUCAAGUGCGGAGUAA